AUGGCCAAUGGAAGCAACAUUGAGCGACUCGACACUCUUGAGACGCUCGCGACCAACGCCGACUUUUAUGAGCACUUGGCAGCUGGAAAAGUUGCGACUGCGUACGAUCAUGCUUCCACGCCCUCGACAAAUGGCAAAGGGCACAGUCAUCCACACUACAUUCCUGUGCCCAUCACCAUCAAGUCGCAGAUCGGGAGUCCAACUGCGUUGGCCGUUGGAGCCUUCGCCACGACAUUGACAACGCUUUCGUUGUCGUUGAUGGGGUGGAGAGGAGUCGGCGUGACGAACGCCUUCAUCGGCAAUUUCUUUGGUGUCGCUGGGAUCGGCAUGUUCGUGUCUGCCAACUGGGAGCUGGUCCUGGGCAAUACUUAUUCGUAUACUGUCCUCGCUGCUUUUGGCCUCUUUUACGCAGGUUUUGGCUUUAUCAUCACGCCAUAUUUCGGGGUUGCUGAGUCGUAUGGCGGGUCCGACACACCUGAGUACAAUAAUGCUCUUGGCUUCUGGGUUUUGAUGUGGGCGGUCUGGAACGUAUUCUUUUUGCUCGGCUCUCUGUCAAUCAACCUGGUGUUCAUUGGUAUCUUUGCCACAGUCCAGGGAGCCUUCACGCUCGUCGCUGCCGGCUACUUUUUGAAAGCAGACGGCAGUUCUCAGGCGACUGCUGUGCUCAAAGCCGGGGGCGCCUUUGCAUUCGCGUCAGGUAUGCUGGGCUAUUACACGGUUGCGAAUCUGAUGUGCUCGGAAGUCUUGCCAUUUUCGCUUCCGAUGGGCGAUACGAGCCGGUUCUUCAAGAGGAAGCAGAAGCAGGGCUAA